AGUGUGUUUCAAUGAUCUGUACUGAUCGUCCACGGGGCCCAACUCGUUUCGCACACUCCACGAGACACAAUCUUUCAUUAUGGGCCGCUCUGCCACACUGGGAAGUGUAUAAAAGCCCCGGCGAAACUUUGCAAUCUUCAUUUACUCAUUUCAACUCCUACGUGCUGCGAAAGCUCCGCUGAAAACCCUUUUUGUGUGUGAUCUUCCAGUGCUUUCCCUUCUUUAGUGAUUUACCCUUUUUUAUGUUUUCUGUGCUUGAACAUUCCUUAAAUUGAAGUGAUUUUUUUUAAAUAUAUUUUUAUCCCGUGAAAAUUCCAUUAAAGCUCCCUGGAAAGCUUCCUUAAAAUUUUCUUCGUGAAUUCCUCCUGAGAAAAUCAACAAACUUUCCUUUAAUGUUUCUAUUAAAGUUCAUAUAUAAAUAAUUUUGUGAUUAAAUGAGUUGUUUUUAGACUGUUAUCUCGCAAUCGCUGUCUAUUUGCGAUUAUUUCAUUUAUUUGAUUUAUUGUGAAGGAAUUUCCAAAAAAAAAAAUAACAUUUGUGUAAAUUGUGGAUAAAUAGAGGAAAAAAAAGUUAAAAACACGGCUUCAAGAUGUUGGAACUAUUCAAAUUCGACAUGAGAAAUACAAAUUUCGCAAAAAACAUCAUUGUGGCAUUUAUUUGCAUAGCAUUAUCGUCUGGAAUUAUUAUCUAUGAUCCUCUACAGAUGUUUAUAGAUAUUCAACUGAAUUUGUCGGAGCAUUCCUUUCUCUUUUGGCUCUUCAAGAAUCCCCCCAUUGGGGUGUACGUUAGUGUGUACCUCUUCAAUGUAACAAAUGCCGAAGCAUUUAUAAGUGGGCAAGAUGCAAAGCUGCGACUUGAGGAAGUGGGUCCAUUCGUCAUAGAGGAACGCCUUGUGCACGUGAACUGCACUUUUAAUGCAAAUAACACCCUCACCUAUACUCCCGUGCGAACAAUUACAACACGCGAUGAUCUCUCCGUGGCAAAUGCGUCAACGGUUAAUGUUCAAAUACCCAAUAUUGUGGCACUGGGAUUGUCAGCUGCAGCUGCGGAGAUGUCCAUGUUUUCUAGUCUAGCAGUGAGUUCAAUACUUAAAUCCUUCGAAGCUGAACCUGUGAUCAAUCUCACUGCCCAUGACUUUAUGUGGGGCUAUGAUGAUCCCCUUGUUUCCAUUGCCUCAACUGUGGUGCCAUCAUUUGUACCAUUCAACAAAAUUGGUCUUGUUGAUCGUCUCACAUCUCAAGGUGUUGACGUGGUUGUGAUGAAUCUACCCGAAAAAUCGUCUCAACCCCCAGAAAAUCCACCAAAUGCAACAGAAGAAGCUUCAAAGCUCCCCAAGCCACGAGAUUACUCAAUUGACAUCAUGAAUGGUAGUCCAGGACUCGCUCAUUGGGGCUAUCGCAAUGGUCCUGGGCACGAGGAUGUGAAUACCCCAUGCAAUACCCUCAGGGGAACAUACGAUGGAGGCAUUUUCCCGAAAAAAUUCCGCAAAAAUGAACAAUUCAGCGUCUUCAGGAAAGCUUUCUGCCGGAAGAUGCGCAUUGAAUAUUCCCACGAGAGUCGCCUGGGGCUCCUUCCAGCUUCGUGGUUCCAUUUCUCACGCGAUACCUUCUUCAAUAGCCACGAUGAUCCUGAUUCCGAAUGCUACUGCCGUGACAAGAAGUGCCUCAAGCAGGGACUGGGGGAUAUUAGCCCUUGCUACUACAAUAUUCCACUGGCUGUUUCGCUGCCGCAUUUUCACAAUGCCGAUCCGACGCUUUUGGAGAAAAUUGAUGGGCUUUCUCCGCAGGCUGAUAAGCACGAUUCAAUCCUUGCCAUUCAGCCACAACUUGGGGUGGCGAUGAAGGCGACAAUGAGGGUGCAACUGAACUUAAUGAUUGGACAGACAAAGUUCCAUAAGCGCAUGAGUCCCUUCAAUGAUAUGGCUCUGCCUGUUUUAUGGGUGGAGGUGUCAAUGGACGACUUUCCAAUGUACUUAAAUGUCGUUCUCACGAUCUUCUUGGUCUUCCUGCCACCCAUUCAAGCUUUCUUGGGCUACAGUUUAGGAAUAAUUGGUAUCUCCAUCAUCGUUGCAAGUGCCUUCAUGUGCACGAUAAAUGCCAAAACUUACUACGAAGAUAAAAAGAAGAAAAUUCGAUAUUCUUCAGCUAGUGUUGUGCCAUUCCUUCACCAACCGAAAAACGUUGAUCGCGACAUCGACAAUAAUUUGCUUGAAAAGCUCCACAGUAUAGAAACUCACGAUUGAGUUGAGAGCUUUCGACCCGAAAAAGCUCUCCACCUGUUAACCAACGACUUGUUCUAGUUCUCUAAGAUUCUACAAGACUGUGAUAUAUAGGUUUCAUCAAAGGGAAAAAAACAUUUUUUAUAUUUAACUUUCAUUAUUUUUUUUUACAAUUUAAUGGAUUAAGGUUUUAUAAGGCCUCUUGCUGUGGUUUUUUUUCUUCUUCUUACUUCUUUGAGAUAUUUAAGACAAACUCUCUUCUGCUUUAUUUUGUAAUUUAUUACUGACUAGAUUGUAAUUUGUAACUCAAUGUUUAAAAAAAAGGAGUUUCAAUAA